CUUGAGCAUCAUUAUUUUGCAAUACAAUGUCUGGAGCAUGGCUUCCGAUAUGAUAUCAAGAUCGGCUGGGGGCUCACAUAGGACUUUCGUGGAGAUACUUUAAUCGGUUAUGCGGCACAUCUCCCCGGAUAUAUAAACCUUUGUUGUACCACUCCCAUCUUCCAUCCAUCGCACAAACCUAAGUUAUAAACCUCCUAUCAACUCUCCUUCUUCCUCACCAUAUUUAAUCAGACAUAAUGCUUGGGAAAAUCGCUCUAGAAGAAGCCUUUGCGCUUCCGCGCUUCGAAGAGAAAACCCGCUGGUGGGCCAGCCUCUUCGCCACAGAUCCAGACACCCACACCAAGGAGAUUACAGACAUCAACAAGAUUCGCAUUGACUUUGCCGACAAGCAUGGUGUUGGGUACCAAAUUCUCUCGUAUACCGCGCCCGGUGUUCAGGAUAUCUGGGAUCCGACUGAGGCACAAGCCCUCGCUGUUGAGAUUAACGAUUAUAUCGCCGAGCAGAUUAAGGAUAAGCCUGAUAGGUUCGGGGCUUUUGCUACACUAUCAAUGCACAACCCUCAAGAAGCCGCUGCUGAACUCCGCCGGUGCGUCGAAAAAUACGGCUUUAAGGGCGCCCUUGUCAACGACACCCAGCGCGCCGGCCCCGACGGCGACGCCAUGAUCUUCUAUGACAACGCCGACUGGGACAUUUUCUGGAAAACCUGCACUGACCUCUCCGUGCCCCUGUAUCUCCACCCUCGAAACCCCACGGGCACAAUCUACGACAAGCUCUGGGCCGACCGCAAAUGGCUCAUCGGCCCACCCCUCUCCUUCGCCCAAGGCGUCUCCCUGCACGCGCUGGGAAUGGUAACAAACGGCGUCUUCGACCGCCACCCAGACCUCCAGAUCAUCCUGGGCCACUUGGGCGAACACAUCCCGUUCGACAUGUGGCGGAUCAACCACUGGUUUGAGGACCGGAAGAAGCAGCUGGGACUCGCGGAGACGUGCAAGAAGACGAUCCGGGAGUACUUUGCAAGGAACUUUUGGAUCACGACCUCGGGACAUUUCUCGACGACGACGCUGAAUUUCUGUAUGGCUGAGGUUGGGGCGGAUCGGAUUCUGUUCUCAAUUGAUUAUCCGUUUGAGACGUUCGGGGACGCGUGUGAGUGGUUUGAUGCUGCGGAGUUGAACCUCGUGGAUAAGGCGAAGAUUGGGAGGGAGAAUGCGAAGAGGCUGUUCAGACUGGGGGCUUACAAGGACUCGGAGGCUUAGGCUGUUUCAAAAAGCAGUGUCUACGGGUGAAAGUUAACGUCAUAAGAGAGCGGGUUGCAUUCUUCUGAAGGAAAGUCUAUCUACAUGUUGUUCAUGAAAGCUAUCAUAAAUAAGACGACAUGAUCCAUGAUUCGGGUCCGUGCCAUGAUCAGAUGUCCGUCUGUAACAUGAGUGAACUAUCUGAUACCUCAGAAUCCAUAAGGCAGUAUGCCCAGCUCGGUUCCGGUUGGUGAUACUUUUUUUUUUGCGGGAGGUUUGUUCCUUUCGAAUUUUUUUUUUGUGGUUUUGUGUUAGGGCGUUGACCUUUUUUUUGUGCUUUUCG